AUGCCGUACCUCACGCUCGCUGGCGAUUCGUGCUUCACGGCCUCUGAGGCCCAGAAGCUCAAGGACCAGAUCAACCGGGUGGCACCCAUCAAGGUGUCGGUCUUGCGGGGAGAGUGGCUCUACUACGCCCACGUCGACGGUGAUGUCGAUGUUGCGAAGCACCAGCUCGCCCAGUUGCUGCCGCUUCCCGCCGAGAAGACGCAGCCUCUCACCCACAUCGGCUAUACGCGCCAGUGGUAUGUCACGCCGCGCUACAACUCGCCCUGGAGCACCAAGGCCACCAGCAUCGCCCACGUCUGCGGCUUCGAAAAGGAGAUUCGCCGCAUCGAGCGCGGCCGUGUUGUCACCAUCGAGUUCGAGCAGCCCUACAAUGACAAGAAUGUGCCCUUCCGCGACAUCAUCCACGACCGCAUGACAGAGUUCCUCACCACCGAGGCGCCCGAUCUCGAUGCCAUGUUCGUUGAGGGCCAGCCUGCUCCCCUCGAGGUCGUUGACAUCUUUGCCGACGGCCGCGACCCCAUCCAGGUGCUCAACGAGUACAACAAAGCCCGCGGCUUGGCUCUCGACCAGUCGGAGAUCGAGUACCUGGUCGAGCGGUUCCGUCAGUUGGGCCGCCCUCCCCACGACAUUGAGCUCUUCAUGUUCGCCCAGGUGAACUCAGAGCACUGCCGCCACAAGCAGUUCAACGCCAGCUGGACCAUUGACGGCAUCACCAAGCCCCGGUCGCUGUUCGAGAUGAUUCGGAACACCCACAAAGCCACUCCCGACUUCACUGUUUCGGCCUACAGCGACAAUGCUGCCGUCAUGCAGGGCGAGCAGUCCCAUUUCUGGGCCCCUGACUACUCGACUGGCUCCUGGAAGCUGCACAAGGAGCUGCUCCACGUCUUGGCCAAAGUCGAGACGCACAACCAUCCUACCGCCAUUGCUCCGUUCCCUGGAGCUGCUACUGGCUCUGGUGGCGAGAUUCGGGAUGAAGGUGCUGUUGGCAAGGGCUCGAUGCCCAAAGCUGGCCUUUGCGGUUUUUGGGUGUCCGAUCUGCUGAUCCCGGAUCAUCGCAUGCCCUGGGAGCUUGACAUUGGCCGCCCAGCCCAUUUCGCCAGCAGUCUUGACAUCAUGCUGGAGGCUCCCAUCGGCAGUGCCCGCUUCAACAAUGAGUUCGGCCGUCCUUGCCUGACGGGUGUCUUCCGUACUCUCCUUACCCCUGAUGAUAACAAAGUCGAAGGGGAAUAUCGCGGCUACCACAAGCCCAUCAUGAUUGCCGGCGGUCUGGGUAUGGUUCGGGAGAAGCAUGCUCUUAAGCGUCCUGAGGAUGUGCUCGAGGGCGCUCACGUCAUCGUUCUUGGUGGCCCUGCCAUGCUCAUCGGUCUUGGUGGCGGCGCUGCUUCCAGCAAGGCUUCUGCCGAAGGCGAUGCCGACCUGGACUUCGACAGCGUCCAGCGCGGCAACCCCGAGAUGGAACGUCGCGCUCAAAUGGUCAUCAACACUUGCGUUGCCCUGGGCGACCAGAACCCCAUUGUCAUGAUCCACGAUGUUGGAGCUGGUGGCCUCUCCAACGCCCUGCCCGAGCUGGUUAGGGAUGCUGGCUUUGGCGGCAAGUUUGAGCUUCGCCAGGUCGAGAGUGUCGACCGCAGCAUGAGCCCGCUCCAGAUUUGGUGCAAUGAGGCUCAGGAGCGCUAUGUUCUGCUCGUCAACCGUGAUGGCAUGGAACGCUUCACUGCUAUUUGCCGGCGCGAGCGCUGCGGCUUCUCUGACGUCGGCACUGUCCUUUCUAAGGACGCUGACGGUGUCUCCCGCCUGAUUCUCACCGACAGGGAGUCGAAGGAGUAUCCUCGCCCCAUCGAUGUUCCCAUGGAUGUGCUCUUCCCCAAGGGCCGUAAGCUAGAGCGCAUCGUCGAGUCCAAGAAGCCCCAGUGGCCCGUUUUCGACCCUGUUACCAGCAUGAAGGAAGCUUUCGGCAGCUCUCUCAGCGAUGCUGAGCUCUUUAAGCAGGCUGUACAGCGCGUCUUCUGGAUGCCCUCGGUUGGCUCCAAGUCCUUCCUCAUUACCAUCGGCGACCGUACUGUCGGCGGUCUCACGAUUCGUGACCAGAUGGUUGGCCCGUGGCAAGUGCCCGUUGCCGACGUCGCCGUUACGGCUUCUUCCUUCAACCUCACUGGCAGCAGGACUGGCGAGGCCAUGGCUAUGGGUGAGAAGCCGACUCUUGCCUUGAUCUCCCCUGGUGCGUCGGCCAGGAUGGCCGUCGCCGAGGCUCUGCUCAAUCUUGGUGCUGCCGAUAUCAAGGGUGGCAACUACCGUGGAGACCUGCGCCGCGUCAAGCUUUCGGCCAACUGGAUGGCUGCGGUCAACCAUCCUGGCGAGGGUGCUGCUCUGUAUGAGGCUGUUGAGGCUAUUGGCAUGGAUAUGUGCCCUAAGCUGGGUGUGAGCAUCCCUGUGGGCAAGGACUCUACGUCCAUGAAGUCUACCUGGAAGGAUGGCGAGACCAAGAAGAGCGUCACUGCUCCUGUCUCGGUCGUUAUCUCUGCCUUCACCCUAGUCGAUGAUGUUCGCCGUACCUGGACUCCCCAGCUCCGCCGCGUCGAGGACGUCGGCGAGACCAUCCUGCUCUAUGUCGACCUUGCUCAGGGUCGCAAGGCUUUGGGUGGCUCUGCUCUCGCCCAGUCUCUGGGUGCUAUCGGCCAUGAGGCUCCCGAUGUUCGCGAUAUCGACCUGCUGAAGGAUUACUUCGAUGCUCUUGCCCAGCUGCACGAGAGCGGUAUCGUCCUUGCUUACCACGACAAGUCGGAUGGCGGUCUCAUCACCACUAUUGCUGAGAUGAUGUUCGCUGGUCGCUGUGGCGUCGAUCUCAUGCUCGAUGGCAUUGCCGCCUCGGGCAGCCUGAAGGACAUGGUCGAUGCCCUCUUCAACGAGGAACUCGGUGCUGUCUUCCAAGUUCGCGCUUCUGACGAGAUCAACUUCAAGAGGUGCUUUGCCACUUGCGGUCCUCCUCCUGGUCUCAUCAAGAAGUUCGGUGUUGUCCAGCCGACCUCGAAGCAGACCCUCACCAUUCGCUACGGCGAGGGCAAGCCGUUCAUUACGCUUGACCGCGGUGAGAUGCAGCAGUGGUGGAGCAAGACCUCCUACGAGAUGCAAAGGCUCCGUGACAACCCGGCCUGCGCCGAUUCCGAGUAUGCCGCCAUCUUGGACAACGAGGACCCUGGUCUUUCGUACAACCUCACCUUCUCUCCUGCCGAGAACAUCACCCCUCUUACGGCGUCCAUCUCAAGCUUCUUCGGCAAGAUGCCUAAGGUCGCCAUCCUGCGCGAGCAGGGCGUCAACGGCUAUGCUGAAAUGGCAUUCGCCUUCCGCGCCGCCGGCUUCGACGCUGUCGACGUGCACAUGACCGACAUCAUCGCCGGCCGCUCGCUAGCCGACUUUGUCGGCCUCGCCGCCUGCGGAGGGUUCUCCUAUGGCGAUGUGCUCGGCGCCGGCCAGGGCUGGGCCAAGUCGAUCCUGCUUCACGAGAAGGCACGCAAGGAGCUCGAGACCUUCUUUCAGCGCAAGGACACCUUCGCCUUAGGCGUGUGCAACGGCUGCCAGAUGCUUUCUCGUCUUAAGGAGCUCAUCCCUGGUGCGCACGACUUUCCCUCCUUUGAGGCCAACGCAUCGUGCCAGUUUGAGGCCCGCUACAGCAUGGUGAAGAUCCAGGACAACCCAGCGCAGCCAUCUGUCUUCUUCAACGGCAUGGACGGCUCGUCUCUGCCCAUCGUUGUCUCACACGGUGAGGGCCGUGCCGAGUUCGCUUCCGAAGAGGACUUCCGCACGCUCACCGAGGCCGGUGGCAUCCCACUGCGCUAUGUCGAUAACAGGCUCAACGUCACCGAGAUGUACCCCUUCAACCCCAACGGCAGCCCUGCCGGUGUUGCUGGUGUUAUGAGCCGCGAUGGCCGUGUGCUGGCUAUGAUGCCUCAUCCGGAGCGUACGAUUUUGGCCGAUGUGACCAGCUAUGCGCCACCGGAGGCUCUGGCUGAGUGGGGCGAGUUUGGCCCUUGGCUGCGGAUGUUUAGGAGCGCUCGUCGCUGGGUGGGCUAG